AUGCCGCCUCCAAAUCUUGCCCUCCGCCAGAUCCCCUCCUCCAUCCUCGACCAGCUUUCCCUCCCUCACCCUGCCGGCACCGGUCCCAGCGACUCGACGCCCAUCCUCCCCCGCCAAAACUCUGACCCCGAAGUCAUUGUGCCCGCGACCUAUGGCGGCACCAAUAGCGGCCUCGAGCCCGCCGCCGUGGCCGGCAUCACCCUCGGCGCCGUAGCCGGCUUUCUCCUUCUCGUCUACGUCCUGUACAUGUGCGCCAAUGGCGUCGGGCCCAGCGCAGACUACCGCUCCUCGACCUACGGCGCCUCUACGCUCUCCGUGCGCCACCGCUCGCGCAGCCGCGCCCACCGCCAUCAGAGCCGCGGUCCAAGUCGUGCGCGCGUCGUCGCUACUGAGAGAGUCAGGGUCAGAGAGAGCGGGGUGGGCACGCCGUUUGUGGUCGACGCCGAACCAGUUCCCAUGCGGGAGAGGACGCGAUCGGUCAGCAGGGCGCCGCCUCCGCCGCGGGUAGUCGAUGACGACGAUGACGAGGUUGUUGUCAUUGAGGAGCACACGCCGCCGAGGAGGAGCCGCAGACACAGCCGGAGAGGGAGCGGAGCGUAUGAUGAUCGGAGGAGAAGUCGGGACUACUAG